CUGACUCACUCGACGCUCUGAACGGUUUCAUUUUCGCCAUAGAAAAUGGUUGACAGUAUGUGACAAAUCGGUAUUUGUGUUCUUACAUUUCAUCGUUUUAAUUAAAUUAGAAAUAAAUUUGAAACAACAAAGUGAACAGAUUUCAUAUAAUUAAGUUCUCUUAUUAGCACUGCGGUGAUUCAACAAACUGUAUAAUGCACAGAUAUUCGUAUAAUACAGAUUCGUCUUACCAAGAUCGUCAAAGUGCUAUGGGCAGUGAGAACAUCAUGGACGAAUUGGCAUCUUUAGUUCGUACAGAAAUACCGGAAGGGCGACAAAGUCUUCGCGACAGUUACACAAAUUUGGAACGUGUUGCCGAAUACUGUGAAGACACUUACUACAGAUCGGAGAAUAAGAAAGCCGCACUGGAAGAAACGAAAAACUACACCACCCAGUCACUGGCUAGUGUUGCCUAUCAAAUCAACACUUUGGCAUACAAUUAUUUGCAAUUGCUGGAUCUGCAGACGACUCAAUUAAGUGAAAUGGAAUCCCAAAUGAAUCACAUCGCUCAGACGGUAUCGAUUCACAAAGAAAAGGUUGCCCGACGAGAAAUUGGUGUCCUGACAGCGAACAAAGUUAGUGCGCGGCAGUACAAAAUUGUUGCACCGCUCAAUCCCGAGAAGCCUAUCAAAUACGUUCGCAAACCGAUUGAUUAUUCCAUUUUGGAUGAACUAGGUCACGGUAUUGCUCAGAGUCAUAAACAGAAGCAUCGCGGUUCCAGCCAGGGUUCGAUCCAGUCGGUAAAUGCAAUUACAAUGGUUGGUCCACCACCUACUACAAAACCGCCAACUCCACCACAAGUUGUCCGUGGCAAUACGGGCACGUUAGGUAAAUCUGCCGGCAAUACGGGAACAUUGGGAAAAAGUUCCAGAGAAUAUCGAACGCCACCAGUUGUCAUUCCGCCACAAGUUCCAUCGCAUUAUGCUCCAAAUUAUCCAUUAGGUCAUCCGAGAAGAUCGGCCGGUUCAGAACGUGGUCCUGGAUACAGUGCAUUGCCAGUACAAUCCAAUCAGCAACAAAUAACAACACAUCAUCAGGUGUUAUCGCACAAUAAUCUGCCGCCACCGCCAUCCAAUUACGACGAAAGACACAGCAUGCCACCCCCUCCGUCGCCUCUAACAGUCACCCAUGAAAUGCCCGAUCAUGGCCACAUCGGCAUGCACACUUUGGGCCGUAACAUAACCAGACCUGGAUCACAAUCUCCACCAUUGCCACCGCCACCACCUCCAGAUGAUGACGGCCACCAACAUUUCGGUCGACCACGAACAUCACAGGGUCCACUCGCUCCAAUCGUUCCGGACGAUCAAAAUUUGCCCGGUUGGGUACCGAAGAAUUACAUUGAAAAGGUGGUUGCAAUUUACGAUUAUUAUGCCGACAAAGACGAUGAACUGAGCUUCCAGGAGAGUUCCGUAUUGUAUGUGCUGAAAAAAAAUGAUGACGGAUGGUGGGAGGGAGUAAUGGACGGUGUGACUGGCCUCUUCCCAGGUAACUAUGUCGAACCAUGCGUGUAAAGUCGUCUACCGUCAAUUUUGAAGAAAUUAGGCUUACGAAAAAAAGGAAAUUUUUAUGAAUUUUUGAUAUAUAAAGACAAAAAACAUAGAGAAAUAGGGAAAAUACAACACACACACUGCGUACGAAUUUAACGUCUCACUUCUUCAGUCAGCAACGUGCUACUUGGUGGUUCAAAGAAUUUUUUACUCUUUUGAGUCUCACUAGAAUUUCAAUCAGGUCUCUUAAACGGACUCUAACAACUUCAGACAGCUUUUCGGCCAGAGCACAAAUGAGUCAAUAGAAGCGAGGCAUUGCUGUUGGAAAAUUCAAGCUUCCAUUCCAGUUAGUCUUUUCGAACCACCACCGAUCGAAGGCAGCGGGGCCUAUGAAAAGCAAGGCUGUAUACUUUGGGGAGGUCACGCAGAUACAGAUACGCGGGUUACACACCACAGUUGAUG